UUUCUACAUCUCAGUCAAAAUAUUCCAGACCUACAUGUAUUCAUGGAGUGGAACCCAUCUAACUAUGGAGAGUGAAGAAUACAUGAAUGCUAUUUAUUCUGCUAAUUGGUAUGGAGAUAAACACUUCAUGACUGCUGUGGUAAUAAUGCUUCAACAAAAACCAUUGAUUUUAACAGCUUGUAACUUUUCUAAUGUUACUAUUGAUAUUUUUACUAAGAUAUUAAAUACAACGAUAUCAUACUAUUUUCUUUUAAAAACUUUAGAGGAGAAAUAGUGACAUUGUUUUUCAACACAACAGUGCCCCUUGAUAAAAUUAGUGAAAUAGUG